AUUGAGUGUAAAUGCCGGGUUUUUUACCAACACGCACAGCAUAGUAGUACGUUCUUGCAGCUUUUGGCAUUGCAGAAGUUAAGUGUGGUGACGUAGAAUAUAUGUAUUUGAACAGUAUGAAGAAUGUAUACAGCUAGGAAUGAAUUGUAGGCCACGUCGCGAGUAAAUUUCCUUGCUCGAUUUUUUUUUUGGUACCCUUUUUUGACAGUUUUCGCCGCGUCGUUUCGGGUUGUGAUGCAAACCUCCAAAAUCACACAGUUUUUCAAAAAGGUCCCGUCCAAGGAUUCCGAUGCUGCAAGAGAGACAUCGGGAGCUAAUUCGAUUAGGGAUUCAACAGCAUUGCUAAGUGUCAACCACAACACUUCCGAGGCAGAGGUAUCUCUGUCACAGUCAGCUUUAUCACCGCAGGCACGAGAUAAAAGCAAUGCUGCGCAAGCUAUUUUGAUUGAAUCAGAUACCAGCGAAGACGAAGAAAAGUUGCAAGGGGCUAAUCCAUUACAUAAAAAGAACGCCAAUCGCUCCAAAGCAAUCAUACUUGAUGAAGAAACUGACAGUGAAACUACUAUGGAGAAUCUGAGUAUUCGAUCGCCACAAAAAAGGAGGAGGUUAAUAUUGGACGAUGACGACGAGGAUGCGUCUGCUGGCGAUAUUGGUGCUUCUACAAAAACAGCUGAGGAAGCGCAAGAUAGCUUGUCGCAUGGAGAGGAUCAGGUCACAGAAAGUGGAGGUGAGGGUUGCAUGAAUAUACCCUCUAAACGUCGACUCGUACGCAAACGCAGUGAGACACAGCAUCGUGAGGAAGAUUACGAUAAUGCAGCCAUUUGUCUUGAUAUUUUCUCAGAUAGCCAGAAAAGCUCUGAUGAAGAAGAAAUACAGCUGACACGAAAGACGAGGAAAAAAAAUGUGAUAAGAGACAAUGAAGAAGAUGAAAGUGAUGAAGAAGAUUGGGAUGUUGACAAAUCGGCCAUAUUAGAAGAGCGGACAAGGAUUAAGAAACAAUCUCGAUAUAGUGAAAUGCUGGCUGUCAGGAAAGCUGGAAAACAACGAAUGAAUGAAUAUAGUAACGAUAUACCCGUGGGGCCAUUAGAUCGCUUCACAUUUACACCACAUCAAUCGGGAGCAGCUCCGAAUGAAGAAGACUUUCUCAACGAUACGGAUGAUGACCAUGAACACGUUGAAAGUCAAAAUCAUGAUACUGAAGACGACGACGGAUUUGUGGUUGCAGAUGAUAUCAUUGAUGGUGUACACAUCGCUUUAUCGCAACAAGAAACGCAUGAACUUCCAGAUGAGUUCUCAACGAGGUAUCAAAACAACACGGAAGGCUACUUUCAUGUCUACUUUGAGUACCUGAUGUACUGCAUCGUCGACCCCGCAUACGGUCACGCUGAUAAUAUUGAUACACGGUUCAAAGUAGCCAUCAGCGCCGUAAAUCGGCUGAUAGACACCUGCAAGGAUAAGGUUCACAGCCCUGUGUGGAAAAAGCAUUUUACAGAAGAUCUCGAAGCCUGGCCGUCAGCGGAUUGGAAGCCGAUUUACCAACCCAACCACGACUGUGACGCUUGCAUGAUUUUAGGUAAAGGAUCAACAUCCUCUCUGACUCUGUUUGGCUCUCGUUAUGAUGAGCAUUGCUUUCCGAUCCAGUAUGAGGAGCCGGUCCAGUCAUCUGCUAACCUGGAGAAUGUAGACUCUCCAAACAUCAACCACUGGCUUGGCUAUCAGAAAGACCGACCACGAAAAGAUCGUUAUUGGGUAGGAAGCACUUGCUUCAAUCGGGCAAGAAUUUACCAUGCAUUGGUGCAUUUGAAGUUUGAUUUGUGCACAGAAAUAAGAGAGUUUGUCCGUUCCGUUAGCAACGACUACGGUAGCCAGGCGAGUCAGUCUUCGCAACACCGGAAUAUUGACAAUCUAGUAGAUAUUAUGGUGGAAACGAGGCUAACAGACAAGUUAUGGUCUCUUGCUAAGGAACGAGUCAACGACGCCCUCCAUCUUCGAAGUGAUAGAGCCUUUAAGAGAGGAAUGGAUGUGUCUUCCUUCUUUAAAGACUAGUAGCUCCCUUCGUAGCAACCGACCUUUAUGAUACGUAACUAGAAAAAUGAUUUCAUUCAUGCUGCAAUCGGUCGGCGGGACACAGACCUCGAACCCUCAUUGGGGCGCAAAGCGGAGUAGUUAGGCUGGUGUUGCGUUGUAUCACACCCGAUACCUUUUCGGUCAUGGUCCAGCACUGAGGUGUUUUUCAAAUAGUUCUUGCUCAUUUUACAAAUAUUAAUAAGCAAGCAUCCUCCAUCUGUACAAUACAUCUUGAAAGAACGUGUCU